AUGUCGCUGGCUUCCUGGUUCAGGUGGAAUGAGCCACCAAGCCGGAUUUCCCAAAGGAGCCCCACAGAGAUGGUGGUGGAGACACUAAUGAUGGAACUAGGCUGGCAGAUCAAGCAGGCAGAGAAACAGCAACGAGAGAGAGAGAAUGAAUAUCGCAAGAUAAAGACGGGCGUGGACUACGGCUGGCUGGUUAGCUACCCAAAGCCUAAGCACAGCUAUGACAUCAGCCCAGGGGAGCGGCUGCAGCUGGAGGACAUGUGCACCAAAAUACAUCCCUCCUACUGUGGGCCAGUCCUACUCAGAUUCCGGCAACUUAUUGCUGAAUACGAGCCAGAGGUACAGGAAGUAGCCCGGCUCUUCCGCUCUGUCCUGCAGGAAGCCACUGAGAAAAUCAAAGAGGAAGAAGAGGCCAAGAAGCUUGCGAGGCAGUGGAACACAAAACACAAAACCAGCCUGUCUCUAAUGACAUUUAAAUCCCGGACCAGGAUUUCCCCAUUCAGCAGCAACAUCAAGACCAUUUCAGAGGACGUGGAGCGAGGCACUGAGCCAACCAGAAGAGUAUGGAGUAUGCCGGAGUUUAGGAGUGCCAAGGAUUACUGA